AUGGACUUAUCAGUUGCAACCCGCCUUACGCCGAGUCCAAGAGAUCUGAGUCCAGCACUUGCGAUAGCGAUACCGAUAAUGAAAUCAGUGAACAUAGUACCAGCUCAGUGUUUCGAUAAUAUGGCCUUCCACAGCGAGAGGUCCGAGGAGGGAAUAGAACGCGACAGCAGCGGAAGCAAAACAAGCAGACAAGAAUCAACUGAAAGCAAUAGCACAGUGAAAGCGAACAACAUUAAAAACGAACUUUAUGCGGACAAAAGUCUCGACUAUAGGGUCGACGCGAGGACGCCGCUGUUAAGGGACCAUAAAAUCGAAUCGCUGGACGAAACCAAACUAAGGGACAAUAAAGUUGAGAAAAGAAAGUCGUCUGCUUCGACU